AACACAACGGGACUUCCCCCCUUCGUCAGCAUCACAUGCUACUUGAGCUUGCGCAAUAUUCGAAACUUCCGGAACGAACGAAACGUACGUCAGCGUGUAUACGUACGUACGGAGUGGCAUUAUCAUUUGAAAGUGAAACUGAAACUUGAAGGCGAAGAACCACUCCAAAGGCGAUCAUCGCAAACAAAUACUUAACCACUGGCUUGCCUGGAUAUCUAACUGUUUAUAAAUAUACCGUGAGAUUUAAUGUAUGCUUUACAGGUGACAUGGCCUACAUUUUUAGAAAUGGGAUGAUAUUAAUUUUCACGGUGCCAAUUCUGGUGGCUGUAGCUUGUGGAGCACCAAUAUCUCAGGUUGAUGAGACCCAAGGGACAGACAGCCGUAAGAGGUGCCUUCAGAACCAAGAACUGAGUGAUGAUCUAACCUGCCGAAACUGCACGUAUUGUUAUCCUGGAACAGAGCACUCCCCCACCACUGAUGAAAGUUGCGUAACGACGUGUCGUCCAUGUGAGAAAGGUCAGUACCAACCCAGAGAAGGCUACAGAGGGUUGAAAUGUCACACUUGUGUUAGUUGCUUGCAAGCAGUAGAAUUAAAGACGUGCACACCUUCUCAGAAUACGGAAUGUGGUGAAUGUUUAAAGGGAUACUUUAAGUUUCAACCAAACACAUGUUUGGAUUGCACAGAUCAACCAACCCACUCCAACUGCCAAGAGCCUGCCCAAGGAAACUACACUGCCACACCCCCUCAACCCACAGCACCAGCUGAACCAGUACCGCCCUCAUUUGAGUCAACCCUUCCACAUGAAAAGAAUGCUCCUGUAUCAACUCCAGAAUCACCAUCACCUCAGUCACCAAAUGUGACCAAAGACCCUGGUGAUUCAGGGAAACCUAGAAGGAAGUUCUCAUUGACAGACAUACUAAUAUCUGUCAUAGUGACUGUAAUUGUAAUAUGUAUCACGGUGCGAUUGUGGUAUGCUUGCAAGAAAAGGGGUUUAGUCUGUAGUACAUCAUCUUCGACCCUCGAAAUCAAAUCGUAUUUAGAAGUGGCAACGGAUGACAAAACAGGAUCAGCAUGCUCUUCUCCAUUGGCUUCUGGAUCACGAAGCUUUUGUGGACCCUCUACUUCUGAUCCCCAACUGGUUUAUGACCCCUUCCAAGGUGCUGGAGUGCCUGUAGGUCUAACUCUUGACCCCCAAUCGUCAGAUGUCACCAACAAGGAUGCAUCUCUUCCAGGACUGCUGCGCAGUAAUGGCGGCCCUGGUGGGGAUCAGGAAGUCUACCAAAAUCAACACCGGUCACUAGAGUUAGAACGGGAUGACUUGGCAGAUUAUUUUUCUGAGGGGCCUGCUGCUUCUGCUGCUACUGCUGCUGAUGAUGAUGGUGAUGGUGAUGAUGAUGCUAAUGCUGAAGAUGAUAGCAGUGACCCAAUAUCCCAGCCACUGCCUCUGAUGCCUUAGCCUCUAUGCCUGUGUAAUUAUAGUAAAAUGAAAAUAUGUUUUUUUUUUUUUAUUGAAAUCAAGUGUAUCAGAAUCAAUUCAUAUCAGAACAAAACAACUCAACAGAUUAUUUUUAGGAGGUACUUGCAGCUGGUGCUAUUAUUGAUGCUUAUCAUUACGAUGAUCGUAAUGAUCUUGAAGAUGAAGAUAAUUACAGAUAGGCACUGCCAGGGCCUCUGAAGUCAUAGGCCCGUAUUCUGAAGUCGGGUUGAACUAAAACUCAGGUUUAAAGUUGUGGUUUAAGUAUGGGAAGCCAAAAGUAUCAAAAUUUUUAUUAAGUUGUAUGUAUCUUAUGUUUACUGUGCUCUUUCCUGAUUCAUCGAUGGUGAAGACAAUCAUCUAUUUAUACUUCCUACACAAUUAUGAAUGAUUUGAGAGCCGAAUGAGUUGAAGUAUGAUAUCUCUUCUGUUAGUGAUUAUGUAACAAUUGGCUGUCCAUACUUAAACCACAACUUUAAACCUGAGUUUAAGUUAAACCCGACUUCAGAAUACGGGCCAUAGUCAAUAUUUCCUUCAAACUCAAAGUUCCACAAUAUGUUUUGAUUAGAUAAAAGUUUUUAUUAAAUGUCGUUUAAAUGUGAUACAAAAUAAUAUAAAAUGAUAAAAUAAAAUAAUUACGUUACUGCCAUAGGAUAAUAGCGAAAGGAUACAUUUCAAAUUCUUUUUUUUGCAUGGAAUCAUAUUCGUUCACUGGGACUGAUUUCAUUUGUCUCGCUCAAAGGGAGCUUUAAAAAUGUAUGGCUGAUGUAUGUGCGGACUGCCAUUCCGGAUUAGGGGGCAGUGUUUGAGUGAUCUCCAGAAUGAGUGGAGAUGGUGCACAUAUGUUGUUGAAGCAUACAUUUUUCAUGGGAGCUUGGUGAAAAUGCCUAGAGUGCUAUGGCCUGCACGAGGUAAGUUGAAAAACUUUUUAUGGGACAAUUUUGGACUGACUGCCUUUUCUGAGAUGAGGUUGUUCAUGAUGUCCAAAUUGAGAGACCUCUCAUGAUUUUGAAAUAAGUUGGGCUGAAAAGGACAUUUGGAAUGUUAUGACUGUGACGAUGCAAUCCGUUCAUGAUAAUUGUCCGAAAUGAAAGCCAAAUAUUCAGAUCACUUUUCAAGGAAAUAUUUCCUAUUAACUGACCACUUUUUGUGUGCUGCAUUAGUUCAUGAUAUCCCGAGCAGGUUGCCACUGUGUUGAGAAUAAAAUUGUUUGAAAAGGGCAUCUAGACUAUUAAUCUUGUGGUUAGGCACUCUGUUUAUGAUAUAUGGCCAUAGUGGGUGUCAAAGUCAAAAUGAUAUUUUUAGGAAAUAGUUUCAUACUGACUACUAUUUCUAAGAUUAGGUGGUUCAUGAUAUCCAACAUGAGAUGCCACAUUUAUGUUGAAUUACAAAUGUAAGACUUUGGGUCUGUACAGUAAUUCCUCUGAUUGGACAGUUCAUGAUUGGUCAAUUUCCCAACGAGCAGCCAUUUUGAAGUGGUCGUGAUUGGAGGGCUGUGGGUUCGAGGCCCACCCAUGGCCCAGAAUUCUUUCAGCAAGAAAUUUACUCACAUUGUGCGGCACUCAACCCAGGUGAGGUGAGUGGGUACCCGGCAGAAUAAAUUCUUUGAAUGCACCAAGUGCUGGACGUAGCUGUUCAAAAGAAAGCCGGGGUGAUAAUAAUAGUGCGCAUUGGAAUACAUGUAGCUCAUUUCUAGAUAGCUAUGUAAAUGCCUAUUAUUAUUCUUAAGAGGACUGACUGCUAUUUCUUAUACACAUGUAUGGGAAAGUUAAUGAUGUCCCAAGCAAGAGGCCUCUUAAAGUGGUAAUGACUGUUGAACUGACUGCUACUCUCAUUACAGUGUAGCACAUGACGUUCCAAGCUUGAAGACCAUUUUUAUGAAAAAACUUUCAAGAUGGUGUCUUUCUGCAAGUUUUGGAGCAUGGUCUCUAGAGGGUCAGUUCACAUUGCCAACUGCUUUCUAUGUUGGGCUAGCAUUAUCCAGGUGCCGCGGAAUGUUUUUGAAAGUUGGGGAGGGGCUGAACAUGCAUACAUAUAGUCACAAUAUGAUGUUCCUUUUCGUUUCGUGUUUUGGACACGUUUACUGAAAAAGUUGGAGGCCUCAGAUUCACCCCCCCCCCCCCCCCGAUUCCGUGGCCCCUGCUUUACCACUUUUAAAGUACAAAUGUAGAUGUACUGUAUCAUUUAUGCAUUUUUGUACAGAGGACCUGUGAUGCCUUAUGGUACAUGUUACACCUUGAUAAAGUUACAAGUGUGUGAUCUUGCAUACCUUCUUGAAUGGUCUGCAAAAAAAGAAGAAAAAAAAAACAUUCAAAGAUGAAUAUAUUCAUAUCUUGCAUUCCUUUGCAGAUAUUGAAAGUAGUGAAAUUGCAAGCAAAAAACUUGACUUAUGAAAAAGUGAGAUAACAUGAGUCAAUUUGGGCAACUUCUAUCUAUGGAGAUUUAACUUUUACAUGAAUUUUCUCUGAAAUAAGAAAAUGCAAAUAACUGCUAUGCAUAUAGUAUGGCAUUCAAGCAAAAAACAAAUGGUCCAUUUUGUUGGGUUGAGAGCAGAUUUUAUGGUAUGCCUGUUAUUGUCAUGCAAUACAAUCCUUGUUGCCAAAAUUGGGAUGCUAUUUUGCCAAAGAGCAAAUUAAUUUAAAUUCAGAAUAAGAUAGUAUUUUACUUAAAUUAUAAAAUCAGAGAAGAGUUUUCUUGAAUAUUUUUACGAUAUUUAUAAAUUGAUAUAUUUAUUCUGGUAGAGGAGCAUAUUUAUGCAUAUUUUUACAUGAAAUAUCUAUUUUCCAUGUGACAAAUGAUUGUCAUUGUCUUUGAUUACUGCAUGGUGAUAAUGAUAUUGCAAUCACACCUUGGCCAGGUAAUACAAAGUUAGCGAAUUAUCGCUAAAUGAAAUGGCCUAUCAAGAUCAUCGUUCUAUGUGCAUUUUGCUCAUUAGACUGACUAGGAACCAAUCAGAAUCGUUCUUUCAAAUCAAAGAUUAAUCACUUACAUGUACCUUUGGGUUACUGGGCCCUGAUGAUCAGUGAAAUGACAAUAUAAAUGGACGAUGAGAUGAUAUUGUCAUGAGUUUGAAUCCUAGCCAUGGUGUUAUUUCCUCCAGCAAAGAAAUGUAUUCAAUUUCUGCUGCACUCAACCCAGGUGAGGUAUUAAAAUGGGCACCUGGCAUGAAUGUAUUUCUUGAAAUGCAGAUACAGCUGCUCUGCUUAGGCCAAGGUAAUCAUGCUGCUUUUAAUCUAGAGCACUUCUGAUAAAAUAAGUUAAUAUAAGCAAGUAUGAUUAACAUUUAAAUUUGUGAUCAAAUUUUGUGAGGAUUUAUCUCAGUAAGAGUACCUGUUUCAAAUAAGAUUGUAUGAUCUCAAAGUGUUUGGGCUCAUACAUAAAAAAUGAUGCUGGCGUAUUGUGUUCACUGCUGUAUUCAGUGCAGGUGUAAACGCAGUUGGAAAACACUCCGUCCAUCGGAAAGGACACUAAUGCUGGUAUCAUGUAUGAGAGAUUCACAGCCUAUGCACGUUAAAUCCAAUACACUAUUCGUUAUUAAAAGAGUAGGGUGUUCACCCGGUGUAUUGCACAUGCUAGUUCCCAGUACUACUAGAAUUGUCAGAAUUAAAAUAGGCUGUGUUAGAAAAACUUACACUGUAUACAAUCACAUUCUCAAUCAUUGAUAUGGUAACAUAAAACUCUGAUCAGAGAGGGAGACACCCUUAAUCAUUUAAAUAGAUUUAGACAUGGUGCCUGUAUAAAUUGGAGCCCAUAGAUUGCCCAGGUUCCCAUUGUAAGUGUGUGUAUACCACAUUGGUAUCAUUUGUAUCCAGCUAAUGGAAUGACCCAUCAUUAUCUGUUAACCCAUCAUUGCAAACACACUUGAAUUGCAAGCAAGUGCUGCAUUUUAAUCAGUUUUAACAUUUUUUUUUAUUUGUAAUGAAUUAAAUUGACAUCAUUACACUCUAUUUGAGCCUCAGAAAUGUUUUAAGAUACAUGUAAGGUAAUAUCAUAUGAUUCUUUUUUUAAUGAUAGAAAAUCAAGUUCUUUCCCCAUUUGAUUUGUUUUCCAAUCCCAUUCUAUAUGAUUUUUUUUUUGCCUUAGCCAUGUGACUAAAAAGUUUAGUGUACGAGAGCAAAGAAGAAAAAAAAAUAUAUAUGCAUGCCACAACAGUAUAAGGAAUGUGAAUGUGGCAAUCUUUACUUUGACUUGUAAUGACUUCAUUUGCAGGAGUAAAAAGCUGGAAUUCAAAUAGAAAUUCACUGUACUGAAUUACCAAGAGAAUGAAGCUAAUACAAAAUGUCCAUAUGUUGAUUAUGAUGAUGAUGAUAAUGAUAAUGAUAAAGUCAUAUUUUUUUACUUUCAAGCUUUUUUGAUUCUCCAAAUGUCCUUUGCAUUUGAAAUAUUAUUUUACAUGUAGCACUUGACAUCAAUUUUUUAGGUGCAUCAUUAAUCAAGUUUUUUCGUUCAAAUAGCUGAAUUGGUAAAGAUAUUGAUCAAUGAAGCAAUGCCAAUUUGAACAAAUACCGUUGCCAAAUUAAUAAACAUUGCCAAUUAGAGACUGAAAUAAUUACGUUAACUAGAAACUACCUUAAUUUUCUUUUGUGAAAUUCAUCUACGCACUGAUGUAUAAUUAAAAAAAUUAAUGUUGGGGUUGGGCUUUUUUUUUUUUCAUUUUCAGUUUUUAGUUUGGUUUACUAUUACAUCUUUUAAAAAAUAUACAGGUAGUACAAAAAUAUAAAAUAUGAAAUUAGACAAACACUGGUAAUAAUAUACAAUACAAAAGUCAAAUAGAAAUGAUAAAUGUACAAUCAUGGUAAUAACAUAGGAAGAUGCGGAGUGCAGAUACAAAUAUAAAAAGGUGAAAUAUGACGGAAAUCUAUGUAAUUGUUAUGACUGUCUGCAGUUGCUAAUGUGGCAAGCUAUCAACUUGUCAAUGGGUUUGCUUCAGAAAUAAUGUCAUUUUUUUGUAGCAAUGUAUAUUCCAAGGUGUAUUUUAACCAAUUUUAUUUAUAGUGAUUAAUUGCCUGACAUAUUUCCAAUCGAUGGUAAUUGUAAUUUAGCAUUCUGUAUAACUACAUUGCUGUAAAGCUUUUGUGAAAGAUGUUAAAAAUCCAUUUGUAAAGUCACCUCAAAUAAAUUUGUCCUCCAAAGUUA